AUGGAACGUAUCGUAUGGUUUAUAUUAUUUAUUAUAAUGAUGAUUCAUUGUUUGGAUGGUGGAUGUCCACGAGCAACAUUCGAAUUUUUUAAUAAUACAAUAAAAACAUCGUAUAAUUUUAUUGAUUCAUCUGUUGGUAAUAUUGGAUCAUUGGAAACAUGUCCUUAUACUGGUCGUCCAUAUGUAUAUCUACCAUGUUAUCCAAAUUCAUCAUGGGGAGAUGAACCUUAUUUUAGUACUUGUUUAAAACCACCUGAUAAUAAAGAAUUAACUACAAUGUUAAAUAUUCUUUCAUCAUCAUCAUCAUCUUCUAUUGAUCAUCCGUAUGUUAAUAUGUCUAUUGAAGAAGUUGCUAAAUUACCUAUUGAUACUUUUUAUGAUGUUUCUCAUGUAUUGUCAUAUUUAAAUCAAGAAACAAUGACUUUAAAAUCAACAUCACAUACUGCGUCUGUUGUAAAUAUAAUAGAUCAUUUAAUAUCAAAUAAUCAAAAUACGAAUAAUGAAGUAUAUUCUAAUAUUUAUUCAAUUGCUAAUAAAUUAUUAUCAUCAAAAUCUACAUUACAAAUGCAACAAGCACAAAAAUCAAAUCGAAGUAUUGUAAAAUUAUUAUCAUCAUUAGAAACAUUUUCUCAAAAUUUAAAAUCAAAUCAAUCCGAUCAAACUUUUAUUGAACAUAAUCUAGCUGUAUCUAUUGUUAAUAUGCCAAAUAAUCGUACUAAACCAAUAGUUGGUUUUGCAUUUGAUUCAAUAAAAAAUCAAACAUUUCCAAUUGGAUUUGAUGAUAUAAAAAAAAAUUUAACAAUUAUUCUACUUGAUUCUGAAGCACUUGUUGAACAAAAUCGUUUAACAUUUUCUGUUUAUAAUCAUCGUAAUGGUUUAUUUGAUGAAAAACAAUAUCGAAUAUUAACACGAAUUAUUUCAUUAACAAUUGAUAAACCUGAAUUAACAAAAAAUCUUGGAACAUUUGUAAAAAUAAAUUUUUUUCUUGAAAAUAAUUAUGAAAAAAAAUUUGGUAAUUUAACAUGUGCUUAUUGGCAUAUAUUUGAUAAUAUGACAGCACAAUGGUCAACAGAUGGAUGUUAUUUGAUUGAUAUAAUCGAUCAAAAUGUUAUGUGUGAAUGUAAUCAUUUAACUCAUUUUGCAGUUUUAAUGGAUAUUGAACAAAAACCAAUGCCAAAAUCAAUUGAACAAGUACUUUCGAUUAUAACAUUAACUGGUUUAUUAUUAUCAUCUAUUGGUUUAUGUUUAACAAUUUUAACAUUUAUUCUUUUCGAAAAAUUACGUCGUCAUUUCAGUCAAAAAUCUCUUCUUUUAUUAUCAAUUAAUCUUCUUUUUGUUAAUAUUUUAUUUUCAAUUAUUAGUUUAUAUAGAUUAACACAUUUAUCAUGUAUUAUUAUUGCUAGUGUAUUACAUUAUUUUAUUUUAUCAUCAUUCAGUUGGAUGUUUAUUAUGGCAUUUAUACAAUAUUUACUUUUUGUUAAAGUUUUUCCACGUUCAAUUUCAGCAUUUACACGAAAAGCAGCUGCAUUUGCUCAAUUAAUUCCAUUAAUUCCCGUUGGUAUUGUUUUGGCAAUUGAUCCAUUAAAUUAUACCAAACGAACUGAUGGAAUUUGUUGGCUAUCUGAUCUAGCACUUUAUUUAUCAUUUAUUUUACCUAUUAUUUUAUAUAUUAUGAUAAAUAGUAUCCUAUUUUCAAUUGUUGCUCAUUCACUUUUAUGUGGAAAAACAGGUCAACAAUUACAUGGUACACAAAUGCCUGAAUCACAACGUUUAUCACGUUUUCUAGUUGCAUUAAGUUGUUUUGUUGUACUUGGUCUUACUUGGAUAUUUGGUUUAUUUACUAUUGGAUCGAUGCGUUAUUUAUUUCAAAUACUUUUUUGUACAUUUGCUUCAUUAACAGGAUUUUUCAUUUUUCUUCUUUAUAUUAUAACAUCAAAAGCAAAACGAAAAUGUUGGAAUAAUACAUUUAAAUCACUUGGUAUAUCAUCAAUUUAUUCUCCAACAUUAUCAACAUCUGGUUUAAAUGGUAAUAAAGAAUUUUCAACAUCAUCAACAAAUGAUCAACAAAAAAUUCCUUCACGUCUUGUACAAUUUCCAUCUCAACCACAACAUUUUAUUGAUGCAUACAUGCCAUCAUCACCACCACCACCAGCACCACCAUUACCAUUACCACCAUCAUUUUUAAUUGAAGGUGAUGAUCCAUUAAAUAAAACAACAUUUUAUGAAUCUAAACAUGUUUGGAUGCCACCACCACCAACAAAUUAUAUUUAUGAAGCUAAUCAAUUAACAACAUCAUUAGAUGAUUAUUCUUUAUUUUAUGCUUCGAAUCAUGAUGCUACGAAGCUUUAA